GCUCCGGCAGCGCCCGCCGCCCCGCGCCCCGGGAAGAUGCUGAGCAGGUGGAUGAGUGGCAGCAGCAGGAACCUGGACCGCGAGUACAACUGCACCGUGCGGCUGCUGGACGACAGCGAGUACACCUGCACCAUCCAGAGAGAUGCCAAGGGCCAGUACCUGUUCGACCUUCUGUGCCACCACCUGAACCUGCUGGAGAAGGAUUACUUCGGCAUCCGCUUUGUGGACCCCGACAAGCAAAGGCACUGGCUGGAGUUCACCAAGUCGGUUGUGAAGCAGAUGCGGGCACAGCCCCCCUUCACCAUGUGCUUCCGUGUCAAGUUCUACCCCACGGACCCCGCGGCGCUGAAGGAGGAGAUCACCAGGUACCUGGUGUUCCUGCAGAUCAAGAGGGAUCUGUACCACGGCCGACUGCUGUGCAAGACGUCGGACGCGGCGCUGCUGGCUGCCUACAUCCUGCAGGCUGAGAUUGGGGACUACGACCCGGGGAAGCACCCGGAGGGCUACAGCUCCAAGUUCCAGUUCUUCCCCAAGCACUCGGAGAAGCUGGAGAGGAAAAUCGCCGAGAUCCACAAGUCAGAGCUGAGUGGGCAGACACCAGCUACUUCAGAGCUGAAUUUCCUCAGGAAAGCCCAGACUCUGGAGACCUACGGGGUUGACCCACACCCGUGCAAGGACGUGUCCGGCAACGCGGCGUUCCUGGCCUUCACCCCCUUCGGCUUCGUGGUUCUGCAGGGCAACAAGAGAGUUCACUUCAUCAAGUGGAACGAGGUGACCAAGAUGAAAUUCGAGGGGAAGACUUUCUACCUGUACGUAAGUCAGAAGGAGGAGAAGAAAAUCGUUCUCACCUACUUUGCCCCAACACCAGAAGCCUGCAAACACCUCUGGAAGUGUGGGAUCGAGAACCAGGCUUUCUACAAGUUGGAGAAGUCGAGCCAGGUGCGGACAGUGUCCAGCAGCAACCUGUUCUUCAAGGGAAGCCGCUUCCGCUACAGCGGCCGUGUCGCCAAGGAGGUGAUGGAGUCCAGUGCCAAGAUCAAGAGGGAGCCCCCCGAGAUCCACCGGGCCGGGCUGGUGCCCAGCAGAAGCUGCCCCUCCAUCACGCACGGCCCCCGGCUGAGCAGCGUGCCCCGCACCCGGCGGAGAGCCGUCCACAUCUCCAUCAUGGAAGGCCUGGAAUCCCUCCGUGACAGCGCCCACUCGACCCCGGUGCGCUCGGCUUCCCACGGCGACGCCUUCGCGGGCCCCGGCCGGAGCGGCCGCGCCGAGAGCAGCGAGCGGGUGGCGGUGAUCGCUGACGAGAGCUACAGCCCUGCUGACAGCGUGCUGCCCACGCCCGUGGCCGAGCACAGCCUGGAGCUGAUGCUGCUGUCCCGCCAGGCCAACGGGGCCCCGUGCAGCAUCGAGGAGGAGAAGGAGUCGGAGGCGGGCACGCCGGCGGCAGAGGCGGAGGGCGAGCUGCGGGCGCUGUGCCCGGGCGCCGGCGGCCUGGGGCCGGCACAGGCCCAACAGGUGAAUAAGUUUCUUUUAAGUGUCCUCCGUUUGCUCCUUGUGACAGUUGGACUCCUCUUUGUUUUGCUCCUCCUCCUGAUCGUCCUUACCGAGUCCGACCUUGACACUGCCUUUUUCCGUGAUAUCCGCCAGACCCCAGAGUUCGAGCAGUUCCAUUACCAAUACUUUUGUCCCCUCAGGCGAUGGUUUGCCUGCAAGCUCCGCGCCGUGGUAAACCUGCUCAUUGACACCUGAAGGC